AUGUACAUAGAAACUGGAAACUUCAUUUCUUGUGACAAUAUUUGUUUGAUAGAAACAUUGUGUGAAGUGAAUUUGUAGAGCAAUGCUGCAUCAGCGUGGGCCGAAGCCUCCGCCUUUGGACACUGUCCGAAUGGCUAACAUUGAAGAUGCACCUCAUAUAUUGGAGUUACUUGGCGAAUCUAUAUCUAAGAAUUUCAGGGUCACUUGUACACACGAUAUCAUGUAUCUCAUUGAGAACUGUGUAUUGGCAAUAUGCCAACUGGACAUCAACAAAUCCAUUAUUGGCUUCCUGGCUGCCAGGGAUUACCCGUUGUUGCCGGCAGUACAUCCUUGUGCAUGGGAGGAGUAUAUCUGGGCCAAAUACAAGGCACCAGAAAUGAAUGCUCGUAACACCCUGUUCAUACAUUUGUUGUGUUGGAACGUGAAUUACGGACGUGACGUAGUCGACAGCAUGCUCAGAUCGAUCUUCAUGCACGACGCUUAUAUUCUGCAUAUCGCUAUGAUUAAAUCUGUGGUUUCCCAUCCCCUGUUAGUCCCUGGGCAGUCCCGGUCGGAGGGUUCAUUCCGUCGCUUGACAGUGAUGGAGCGCGGUAUCAGUGGUGACUUGCUCCCAGCGCUUUGCGUGGCCGACCGUGCGGAGGUCUGUCCGCGACUGAGGAUCAGAAGAGCUGUCGAGGAAGACAACGAUGAUUUGGUGCCGAUCCUCGAGCAACAUUCAGAUCGACUGCGUUCUCUUUACGGAGAGUUCUACAUCAGCGAACUGAUAUCCAGGCAUCCGGAGUCUGAGAGGAUAUUAAUUGUUUGUGAGCACAGUGAAUUAGCAGUGGGAGUGAUGUGUCUGAAUACCCAAAUAAACUACGAGUCUUUAGAGGAAAGCUUUGUUCUGUCCCCAUUUGGUGGCUUGAGACAUUUGGAUGACGCACCCAAAUUCAUGCCGAAAGAAGUUGAGUCCACUUACAGUCUCUUGAACGAAGCUUAUGCGGAAACUACAAAGGCAAAGGAUUCUAAGGAUGCGAAAUCGAGGGUGACUUGGGUCUUCGAAGAUGACGAAUUCAAUACGUUCCGAAGUGUCGGCGUGGCGCCGCCCACGCCUACUGAGCGGUUGUCAACGGCAGAAUUGCAUCCAAAUCAGCUGCAAAUUCUAGAUCUGUUUGAUGAUGAAGAAGAAGAGUUUGAAUUUGAUAUCAUUAAUAUUGACACUGAUCUACUGAGGGUUCCUCAGAUGAUACGAUACGAUACUUUUGGUGGCGGGCCUGCCGAAGUUAUAAUGAAAAUAUUAGACGGUCGCAAAGAUUCUGCACAAGAUAAAAAGUCGGAAAAAUCGAAAAGGAACCUAUCGGCGAGUGGUUCGGGGUCUGCUAAAACGCCGGAGCCUAUACGAUACAGUGGAACUCCGAACGCGUUCCUGCUUGAGCUAUUCGCUAUUCAUCCGGAUUAUGACGAGAGGUAUGGGUUUGAUAUGCUCGAAGCGGCGUACGAGAUGUUUCCAAAUAGAGACUAUUGUGUCAUGUGUCUGCCUACGAACCAUCCAUCUUUUCCCUUAUUAGAACACUUUACUCUUGUAACUCCAUUCGGUUCCAAAAUGAGGUACAUAAACGAGUCGUUGUAUGUGGCACACGUUAAUUCAGUGCGAGGCAAAUUAUCGGUCCGACCCGGCGAGGCAGUUGACGCAAUAGCAUUGAAAGACGUAUUAGAACAAGCACCGCGGCAGGAAAACUUACUCGACCUGUUCCAAUCUACUCUGACGUCACACACGCUGCAGUCAUUUAUUUUCCUCAGCCAGAACCAACCUAUUGGCGUUGUGGUUUUAGGUGGCUUAGAAGACGGUACAGCUAUACGAACUCAGUACGAUUUGGAACCAGAACCACGUCGCCCUGGCACUGAUGGAACGAUAUUAGCAGGCGUUAUUUCGCCAGCAUUUGAGCCUCACGCCCGAUGGUAUAUGCGAGAGCUGUUACGACACUCAAGAUACUCCACUCUCUUCUGGAUUUGUAGAUUAUUCGCUAAAGGUGAUGCGAGUCCAAGUCGCAAUUUAAUGUCUCUGGCUGGACACAUGAACCCAGUCCACCCGCGUCAAAAGGUACCUAAUAUAAGCGGUAACAAAGAUUUGGAGAAAAUAUACCAGGAUUUGGCUUGUCCAUUCGCAUUGUGGGUAUUGGAACGUCCUUUGACCAGCCUUCCCAAAGUCUACGUGAACAACAGUAUUGUGAUUGUAGGCGCUAGUCGCACCGGACUUGCUUUCCUUGAGACUUUGCUCAUGGGACCUACUUCUCAAUACCUAACGUUCAGCAACGUGACCCUAGUAUCUGAACACGGUCUACCAACAGUGGCCGACUGUUUGAAGGCAGCAGACAUAUGCGUGCCGAGAGAUGGACGGUACACUGAUCGGUACCUCAAGAGCGUUCCCUUCUACUACUAUUUGGAUGUCAUGUCCGCUAUUAUGGUUAAAAUAGACAGGAAGAGAAAAUGCAUCCACUUAAAAGGUGGUGGAACGAAAUACUAUGACGAACUGGUUCUGACUUGUGGACAGCAAUUUCAACAUCCUGAUUAUCUUAAGGAGUCCCUUGGACUUGUGAAGGAAGUAGCUAAAGGAAAGCCCUGUGAUAGAAUGCUUCUGGACAACCCCAAAUAUAAGGCCGAGACAGUCCCAAUGCCUCCUGAGAUGCCUGAGAAUGUUUUCCUUAUCAAUUCUCUGUUCGAAGCAAACAUCUGUUUGAGGCAUCUUAUGCGCAUGAUAAGUGAUACUAAGGAGGUUCGAGAGCCAUUAAGCAAACGUAACCAGGUGAUAGUAUACGGGGAUUGUAUUGAAGCUUAUAGUUGUAUAGCAGCGUUAUUAGAACUGGGACUGUUGCCAGAACUCAUUGUCUUUGUGGAACCUUUCCCUUCAACCGAAGAACCCGCUCCUCUGAGAGUCAAUUGUUUUAAUGAUGAGACGAUUGAUGCAAGAGUCCAAGCCACAGUAGAAAGUAUGGGCAUCCGAGUAUUACGUCAAUGCCAUUUAGCAGCGUGGCAUCAGAUAGGCAACCGAGUGGAGUCUUUAGACUUCAUGGCGCCUUUAACUUCCAUCUCUCUUAGAAGUUUUGCACUUUUCUACUAUGGAUUGAAAGCGAUUAACUUACAUGCAUUUAAAGCUAUCAACGAAAGUGGUUUGGUGUACGACGGAGGUUUGGUAGUGAGUCCUACUUUUGAGACGAACGAUCCCAGUAUAUUCGGAGCGGGCACUUGCGUGCGCUACUCUCGGCGACUGUACGCGGGCAAGAGCUUACAUAUUAAUCAUUAUUCUGAGGAUAUUGGAGAAGCGCUGGCAAGAUUAUUCUUACACAAGUUCGAUCCGUUCAUGAUGGGUGAUCCUGAAAACUGUGAAGCGCCCCCUGAUCUAUUACCAAGAUACAGUUCUGCUGGCUUAGGGUUCAAAGGGAGCUCAACUACGGGCAGCAGACUUUCAAUAACUUCACAAUUCAGACGAUGGCAACCAGUGAUGAAAUUCGAAUCGCCAAUCGUUCAGUUUGCUGCGUUGCCGGGACCUCUGUACUACUUGAAGCUAAGAAAGCCUGGAAAAGAGGUCCCUAUGGCCAUACAACAGUGUUUACCUCGACAGGGCCAUACACUUCUGACGGACAAAGGUGGCAAUUAUUUCCGCCUCCAUCUCAACGUGCUACAUGUCGUCGACGCGGUCACCUGCCUCUCCCACAAGCCUUUCUCACCAGAAAUACUGCAGCAGCUCUAUGGGAAACACGAGGCCUUCUUCAAUAAGCUGUAUACUAGAUUCCAGAAGAAGCAAAUAGACGAUUUCUACGACUUCUUCACGCAACCAUGGAUGUCCGCUUUGUACCAGGAGUCGUUCAGAGAUCUCGUUGAUGAUAUCAACGAGCAAGAUAUUGGCACGAUACAAGAUUUAGUGAAAUCCAAGUUUGCCAUGUUCGACCCGGAGGUGAAUCAGAUGAAAUCGACGAUGUUGGAAUCGGAGCGAUCCACGGAAUCCCUUGCUUCUUCAAGCGAUUACCUUCAGGAACCACGGAAAGUUGGCACGUUCCGUUCUAUGAUAGACAAAUUCGUUGCAAGGGCUAUGUUUGAUAAGGCGGCAGAAGCAGGAACUCCUAUGCCAUCGGAAUGUGGUCAAAGCAAGCAGGUGCGCAUGGAAGCAUCAACCUUCUGGAAGAAGGUUAGCGGCGAGCGCAUAGUGAUGGCGCAUGUCUCUCGCUAUUUGGACAAGCAUUCAGUCACUAACCCGCACUUUGCUAUACCUAAACCGGAGUCGGUGUAGUGGAGUUAGAUGAGUAUUUGUGUUUUUUUUAUAUGGAUGAUGUUUUGAGCGGGUAGAUGUUUUAGAAGAUCUUUUUGCUGUGGAUUUAACUAUAAACCAACUGGACGCGAAGGUGGAUUAUGUUUCUAACCUAUUGAUCCGUAUGGGUAUAUAGAUGUUGUUUGCUUAGUUUAGUUGGUGGUAGAAAUAUAAAUGGGAGGUAUGGUUACUCUAUAUUGAAGACAUUAUUCUUUAAAAUAAUGGAAUGCUGACUUAUACCCUACUAGAUCGUAAAUAUGAUUGCUAAAAUGGAUAGAAUUAAAAUUGGCAUAUAACUUGAACACGUUUUUUUGAGACAUGGGUUCUUUUGUGAAUAUAAUUUCAUUUGGAUUUUAUUAUGUAUAUUUUGAUUUGGAUGUUAUUUAUUAUGAAAAUUAAACAGUCAAUUACAUUUUACACAAUUUAUUUCAUUUUACACAUGUUCAUUAUUAGACAAGUUUCCUUACAUAUUAUAUUUACAUUAAAAUGCACAGUAUGGCCACUGACUGUGAAUGGAAAUCGUCGAAACAGUCUUAAUUGAUAUGAUUUUGUUUUGUACAAAAGCCGAAACAAUUAUAAUAUUUUUUCAUUUUAUUUUAUUCUUAUAAUUAGGUAGUUCUAUGAGAUCAAAGGGUCUUGAUAAAUGUGUAUAAGUUUGACUAGCAAUCUUUGGUUUUAGAGCCUUUUCAGACUUGCGAUAUUGAUGCGUCGCGGCGGGAUAUCUAACGCGAUAUGGAUAGAGAGCACAUACAUUAUGAUAAAGGGCGCGCGUAUCGCCGCCGCGACGUCAGUGUUGUGUGAAAAGGCUCUUAUAAUCUGUUAAAAAUGUAAUGAAAAUGGCCU